AUUGCAGCUUGAGUCUGAUGGGUACCUACCUGAUUCAAGGAAAAAUAUCUGGUUUGGGAAUCGAAAAUGGUGACUAUGUGUUCCUACGUUUGAGGAUCCACCAGGCACUGCGCUAUUUAAUGAAGCAACGAAGCUGAUGACACAUAUAUAUUUAUGCCAUGGAUAGCGUUAUUCCUCUCCUUACUCCAUACAAGAUGGGGAAGUUCAAUUUAUCACACAGGGUUGUGUUGGCGCCACUAACAAGGCAGAGGUCCUACAACAAUGUUCCACAGCCCCAUGCAGUUUUGUACUACUCCCAGAGAACCACCAAUGGCGGCCUUCUCAUUGCGGAAGCCACUUGUAUAUCCCCCACUGCUCGCGGCUAUGCUGAUACUCCCGGGUUGUGGAGCGAGGAGCAUGUUCAUGCAUGGAAGCCCAUCGUGGACGCUGUUCAUGCCAAGGGCGGCAUCUUCUUCUGUCAGAUUUGGCAUGCUGGAAGAGUCUCCAACACAUGUUAUCAGCCAAACGGUGAAGCCCCUGUAUCUUCUACGGACAAGCAGCUCUCACCACAACCUCGAGGUAGUGGCACCGAAGUCGAUACCUUCGCAAAACCAAGGCCACUAAGCAUUCAGGAAAUUCCUCAAGUUAUCAACGACUUCAGACUUGCUGCUAGAAAUGCUAUUCGAGCUGGUUUUGAUGGAGUGGAGAUCCAUGGGGCUCACGGCUACCUACUUGAGCAGUUUAUGAAAGACAAAGUGAAUGACCGAACAGAUGAAUACGGUGGAUCCCUUGAGAACCGUUGUCGAUUUCCAUUAGAAGUUGUUGAGGCAGUUGUGAAUGAGGUAGGAGCUGAAAGAGUUGGAAUCAGACUAUCACCUUAUGCAGAGUAUGUAGAUUGUGGAGAUUCCAACCCUGAAGCAUUGGGGCUUUACAUGGUUAAUGCACUCAACAAAUAUGGUAUUCUCUACUGUCACAUGGUUGAACCGAGAAUGAUAACCGCUGGAGAAAAAGGUGAAUGCCCUCACAGUUUGGUGCCAAUGAGAAAGGCCUUCAAUGGCACUUUCAUUGUUGCUGGAGGGUAUGACAGAGAGGAUGGGAUCAAAGCCAUAGCUGAAGACAGGGCAGAUCUUGUUGCUUAUGGUCGUUGGUUCUUGUCUAAUCCGGAUUUGCCAGAGAGAUUCGCACUUAAUGCACCUCUCAACGAGUAUAACCGCCAAACGUUCUAUACAUCUGAUCCUGUUAUUGGUUAUACCGACUAUCCAUUUCUUGAUGAUAGAUGCUGCUGCUUCCCCUAUGUUUGGAGAAUGUCUGGUGAACAAGUCACUGAAAGUGGGUGGGUAAGGCCCGUAAGGGACUGGUCAAACUUAAACCUCUCAAAUCUCAUUGAAAGCAUAGACUUCAACAUUUUCGGCCCAUGGCCCAAAAUAAUCAGGAGUAUCCACGUAUUAGCGAGUCCAUUUGAGAAUUAGGAGCGAGAGACAUGAUCUUUGGUGGUGGUACCGGUACUAGUCAUUUCACUCACUUGUAAGUUGUAACAUGAAUUAAUGAAUCAAAAUUUUAUAAGAUUAGGUAGUGAUGAAGGCAAUAGGCAAGGCAAGGCUAGGCGAGAAGAGUGUAGCGUAGGUUCAAUUCAAUUAUUGUAUGAAAUGUGUACUUGGUUUCUUCGACCUUGAUUUCAUUCAUCCCUGUGUGGUCCAAUAAUGCAUUUAAGAUUUUUAC